AAAUCCGAAAAAGCAUUGCCUCUCGAAUAUUCCUAUCCUUAUCUAUCCAAUUCUAUAUAGCUUUGUAUAAUUGCGAAAUAUUUGUGCUAUUAGUUUUGUUUUUGUUUCUAGUGAGUAGGCGGAAGUACCAUGCGUAUGUCUGGAGCGAAUAGUAAUGCAACCAUGUCCAUGAAUGGAAUAUUUGAAGCACCACGCGAUGCAACAAUGAGAAUGAUGUUAAAUUUACUCAACCGCAACCUUCUACCGGACGCCCUCAUAAGAAGGCUCAUCCGCAGGUUCUUAGCCGGUCGUCUCCGCCAUGGUUAUGAACUUUCAUCCCAGCUCCAACUCUCUCAACUCCUGCAAUUUGUUCGCUCUUUGAAAGAAAUGCCUAUAACCUUGCGUAAUUCUACUACUACUACGGAUCAGCCAAAAUCUGACACUUAUGAAUUACCAACAUCUUUCUUCAAGCUGGUGCUUGGAAACAGUCUCAAAUUCAGUUGCUGUUACUUCCCCGAUAAGUUAACGACCUUGGAUGAUGCUGAGAAAGCAAUGUUGGAGCUGUACUGUGAGAGGGCUGAGAUAAAAGAUGGUCAAACUAUUCUAGAUAUUGGAUGCGGAUGGGGAUCACUCUGUCUUUAUAUUGCACAGAAGUAUAACAAUUGCAUGAUUACUGGGAUUACUGAUUUAAUUUCGCAAAAAGAAUAUAUUGAUGAGCAAUGUCGGGAUCUUCAACUACGAAAUGUAGACAUUAUUGUUGCUGAUGUUGGCACAUUUGAAAUGGAAGCAUCCUAUGAUAGAAUAUUUUCAAUUGGAACAUUCGAGCAUAUGAAGAACUAUAAAGCUCUUCUGAAGAAGAUAUCAGAGUGGAUGAAGCAGGAUGGUCUUCUGUUUGUUGAUCAUAUCUGCCAUAAAACAUUUGCAUAUCCUUUAGAGGCUGUAGUUGAAGAUGAUUGGAUCAGUAAAUACGAUUGGCUCUCCACAGAGUUCUUCAAUGGAGGAGGAGUAAUGCCUUCAGUAAAUCUUCUACUUUAUUUUCAGGAUGAUGUUUCUGUUGUCAAUCAUUGGCUUGUGCAUGCAAAGCAUUUUGAGCGGACAGGUGAAGAGUGGCUGAAAAAAAUGGAUCAGAAUAUGUCUUCCAUAAAACCAUUGACGGAGUCAACUUAUGGCAAGGAUUCAGCUGUGAAGUGGACGGUUUACUGGAGAACAUUCUUGAUACAUACCGUAGAAUUCUUUAAAUACAACAAUGGAGAAGAGUGGAUGGUGUCUCAUUUGCUAUUCAAAAAGAAAUGAAGCAAGAAAAGCUUCAAUAUUUCAAUGUGAUGCAAUGUCAACAGAGAGAAGAUAAAAGCAAUAUAUGGCAUAUCUUUGUUGUUCAAGGAGCUAUAAUAUUACUACGGGCCACUAGUAUAACUUUUGCUUAACUUUUCUCUACUAAAAUUUCAUGUAGUAGGUAUAAGAGAUAAUGACUUGUAUUGUAUUGUUUGUUAUAGUCUACUUUUUCAAAAUUAUAUAUGUUCUCUCAAUAAUAAUAAUAAUUAUAAUAAUAAUGGCCUUCA